UUAUACAUUUAUAAACUAUUUACAUCAGUCAUCGCUCAUCAGUGUCAUUUUAUUAAUAACAUAAAUAUAAUCAUAAUAUAUCAACUACUUUAAAACUUAUUUUCAGUUAACUUAUUAAGCAACACCUAUAUUAUAAACAAAACAGUUAUUGAGUAGGUAUUUAUUGUAAGUGUAUUAAUUACAGUUCAGUGUUUCAUUCUUAAUUAUUUCACAAUUAUACUGUAACAAUGAGUCUAAAUAACAAAGUAGCUAUUGUUACGGGCGCAAGUUCUGGAAUUGGGGCAGCAAUUGCAGAAAAAUUUAGCAGUGAAGGAGCCCACGUAGUUAUGGUAGGAAGAAACGAAACGAAACUAAGCGCCGUGGCAGCCCGAUGCAGAGACCCUCUUGUUAUCAAAGCGGAAUUGGGAAACGAGGAAGAUAUUGUAAGAAUAAUUGACGAAACUAAGAAGAAAUAUGGCAAAAUUGAUAUUUUAGUAAACAAUGCGGCAACAUCGGUGCUGGCUAGUGUUCUGUUCGGCGAUUUGUUAAAAUCGUAUGAAGAAGUUAUGAAAGUGAACUUCAAAGCGGUUGUUCAUUUAACAAAGUUAGCAGCACCCCAUUUAAUAGAAACUAAAGGGAAUAUUAUAAACAUUUCUGCAAUUGGUGGACAGAAAGCAUCAGCGGCGCCUGUGUUAAUGAUGUAUUGUGUUUCAAAGGCUGCAGUUAACCACUUUUCUCAAGAUGUGGCAUUAGAAUUAGCUCCACACAAGGUGAGAGUCAAUACAAUCAGCCCUGGGCCAGUGCGGACAGACAUUUUGGAAAAUACCAAAACUCCUAUUACAUGGGAUGACUUUCAGAAGAAAACAGCCUUGGAUAGAGUAUCAGAACCUGAAGAAAUUGCAGAUCUUGCUUUGUUUUUAGCCAGCGAUAAAGCUAAAGGCAUCACCGGUUCCAACUUUGUGUCUGACAAUGGUAUGUUGUUAAAAAGUUAGAUUAUACAGAGGAACAAUAAU